UCCCAAAUAUGUCAAACAAUUCGGUGGGGAAAAAGCUUCAGGGCAAAGUAGCCAUCGUGACCGGCGGCGCCAGCGGCAUCGGCGAGACCACCGCCCGCGUCUUCUCCAAUCACGGCGCACGUGCGGUGGUGAUCGCCGAUAUCCAGUCCGAGAAGGGCCACGUCGUGGCGAAAGCCAUCGGCCUGGAGCGGUGCCGCUACUUCCAUUGCGACGUGACCGACGAGGAGCAGGUGGAGAUCUUGAUAAAAUGGACGGUGCAGACGUACGGCCGCCUCGACAUCAUGUUCAGCAAUGCCGCCGUCGUCAGCACCACCAUCCAGACCGUCCUCGACCUGGACAUGUUGCAGUACGACCGCGUGAUGGGCGUGAACCCACGCAGCAUGGCGCUGUGCGUGAAGCACGCAGCGCGUAAGAUGGUGGAGCUUGGAACCAAAGGGAGUAUCAUCUGCACGGCGACCACGGCGGCCGAGAAGGCGAUGCAGAACACGACGGACUAUGUGAUGUCGAAGCGGGCGGUGCUGGGGCUGAUGCGGUCGGCGAGCUUGCAGCUCGGGAAGCACGGGAUUCGGGUGAACAGCGUGUCGCCCGGGAUGGUGUACACGCCGCUGGCCGCGAAUAAUGGGCUGCCGACGCCGCAGGCUCUGGAGGAGUACAUUGGGCCCUACAUGAGCUUGAAGGGGGAAACGGUCACCGCGGAGAACGUGGCGGACGCGGUGGCGUUUCUGGCUUCGGAUGAGGCGGCGCUUGUCACCGGGGUUGAUUUGAAGGUGGAUGGUGGGGUGAUUGCCAUGCCAUUCCUUGAAUCAAACUAAUCAAUGUUUGAGUAAAUGUGUCAAAUCUAUGAUUCCAAUAAACAAGCUCAAAAUGCGCAGGCGCCACCCAAUUGCUACGGCGAUUAUGUUAAAUAAAACAGGAUUUUCUUUCCUUUUGUUGAGUCAAACAUAAUAAAUUCAUUUUCAGGUUUC